ACUGCAACAAAUUUGGAAUAAAAAAGAUGGGUAAGUUAGGCAAAGCAAAAAGUAGCCUCUUUAGUCUUUUCUUCCCCUCCAUUCAAUUUCAAAUAUUCAUUAGGCAUUCGGCAAAAGCAGCACACACAGUACACUGCACUACAGUAGUAGUAGUAGAUCUAAUCACUCUCAUUUGCUCAGAAUGAACCGAACUUUCUCUUCUAAGAUCCCAAAGAAACCUUCUCCAGCACCGCCAAAGGUCGAUGGAAGCACUGACAAGACCAAGAAAAAGAAGAAGAAGAAGCAGAGUCCCACUCGAAACCCAUUACAAGAUUUCAAUGCCAUUUCCAGCAUCACCAGCAGUAGCCAUAGCAGUGAGGCUUCUUCUGUGUCCAUUGAAGCUCCCAGAGGCUGCCUCAGGUUCUUUCUCUCUCACCAUUCUUCUUCUUCUACUUCUAAUUCUACUUCAAAUUCGAAAACCCCUUUUGAUAGAUACAAAACUGUGUCCAAAACACCCAAAUCAGCCCCUAAUGUGAUGGUUUCAAAGCUAUCCAAAUCUAAGCCCUCAAGGGAGAGCAAACUGUCAAAAUCAAACAUUGAAGAAAACCCAGAUAGACCCAUAUCACAGAAAGCACAGAAAAUUAAGAAAAACCCACCUUGCUUGUACCAAUGGCAAUCUGGGAAGAAAACCAGUUCCAAAACCGGGCAAAAAUUGAAACUUUCUUCUGUUCUAAACAAUAGUGAUAAUUCUGUGAAUAAGUUGUCAUCUGGGUCUGAAGUAGAAGGACUUGUGAGGGUGGUUAGUCAUGUAGGUGAGGCCACUGAGCUCAAACCAUGGGGUGCUGCUGAUGCAACUUGUACUCCUUUGAGUAAAAUAGCAAGUGGGUCAGGUUUCGAUAGUGAAGUUGGUAAGGUUGUGGAGGAGAACUCAAACAGGAGCAAUAGUAAGACACCUCCUGUUCUGCCCUCGGUGUCGCCUGAGAUACAAUGUGGAUCAUCUGUGGUGUCUACAACGAUAACGCCUUCUUGUUAUGCUGCUGGCCCCAUGGUUUCUGGGGUCACUGACAAGAGGAAAUGUAGGCCUAGAGGGAUUCUAGCUAUUGGAGAAAAUGAUGACUUUGGUAAAGUUAAGCCUUUUGAUAGUUUUGAUGAUGAUAAUGAUGAAGAAAAUGUUUUAGGGGUUGGUGAUGAGUCACUCAUGAUCCCUGAACCUGCUGAGGCUUCAGUGCAUUGGCUUUUAUCUCCAUGUAAUGAGGAGGAUGAGGAUCAGAAGGAGAAUUCUGAAAAUAUGUCAUGUGGAGCUGAGAGGCCGGCAGGGUCUGCCAUACUUCAAUCUCCUUCACCCUUAUCUGGUGAUGGGUUUUCUUCAGAUAUUAGUAACAAUUGUAAUACAACAAGUACUACUACUAGUAGUUGGAGAAGGAGUACUCAUUUAAUUUCUCCAAAGGGACUUCCAGAAUUUGAAGGAUUUAUGGAGCCUCUGUGUGACCAAGAGGCCAUUAUGUCUUCUCAUUGUGUGACACCAAGUCGUGAGGCUGUUCCCUUAAAAGAAGGUGGGAAAAACCAUAAUGAUAUUGAAGGUGAGAAUUCUCCAUUCUCCAAGGGCUCUUUUAGUGGAAAUGUCAUGCAAACCCCACAAUCAGACUCAAGCUCAGGUAGACCUGUUGGCCUAUCAUGGUUAAAUGAAGACAGUUACAAGAAACAGCACUUUGAAGCUGAACUGAAUUCAGUGGCUGACAUACUUCAAAUGACAAGGUUGUCUCCCAAGAGACAUUUAUUAACAGAGGAUACUGUUGAUUCAAGUUUCCAGUUUGAUUGUCUAACUAAUUCUUCCAACUCCAUCGAUCUUACCCAAUUUCAGAAAAUUUUAGAUGAUCGAGCUUCAUGGCUUUCAAAUUCUACUUUUGAUAGUGUGUCACAAUCCCAGAUGAGAAUAUCUUGGAGGGAAGGAUUAGCUAGCCGAAUUUAUGAGAUGGAUGAAUUUGAUUGUUGCAGAUGCUUAUCAGAUGAAGAGGAAGAUGCCAGUGGCUGCAAUGGUGACCAAUUAAAAUCCCAUUGCAGUCCUGAGGCCAAUAAAGAUGUAGCAAGUAAUCAGAUAUUUACUGGCACCUCGAUGUGUACUGAAUUUGUAGAUAAUGAACUAGGAACUGAUGAGAACGGUAAAGAACAGUUUCCAUCUCAAUUACAAUGUUCCUGUGCAGAAUCCAUCAGCACCGAUGGAGGUGGCCUUGUUGCUUCAAAGGAUUCAGAUUGGAGUCUAUGCUACAAGAACCACCUGUUUGAAGUAUAAUUCAUUACCUUCUCUUUUAUGGGUAAGUCUGACUAACCUGAGUUGAAAGAUGGUUUUUCUUUGUGGUAACUGGGAAUUACUACUUUAGGAUGACUCCCACUCUUUUAUUCUAUUCUUUGAGUCAUUUCAAUUGUAUUUUACUUGAAUUUUCUUCAAUUAAAACUUUGCUCUUCAUUAUAUUAUGUAGGAUGUAUUAUGAUUUGCCGGAUCUGCAGUGAAUAUAAUCUCAGUUGAGACUUGAGAACU